AUGGAGGCACUUGUGCACAACUGCCCCGCCACCGACGAUGGCGAAGAUGCGUUGCUUACCUGGACGCGUGAGUGGCUGGCGUUCGACCGCAGCACCGACCCCUGUGCAACACUCGUGCUCUCUGGGGAGGUGAGCGCUCCACAUCCGCGCCGUAUGGGCUCCGCUUUGGCCGACGUCCUUGUGGUGCUGUACAUCUACGUCGUGCGCCAUGGUGGUCGCAUCAGGGGUGGCAGCCCGGUGGCAGCGACCAAUGCGAUGGGUGCAAGAACAGCUCUAGGCGGCACCACUGUUGCUUCUCUCUGCACUCUGGGUCGCGGCUCGGACGAAGCGCAGUGGAUCGUGCUUGUCGACCUCGUUCAGUUUCUCUUCUCCUGUUGGGAGCUGCUGUUGAUGGUCGUACCGACGCCUUCGUCGAAACGGGCGCCGGCGUCGCACACCUGCAUGGCGAUUCCGUCAUCCUACGAGAAAUCUCCCCAGUGCCACACAGGUGUCGCUGACUACUCACAAGCCAGCUCGUUGCUGUCGCCGAUGCUGCUCGGAGAGACUGGUGACGACGUACCGGAUAAGGAGGAGGCUGUGCAGCUCGCCAAAUCACACGAAAACGUCGCUCAGGUGACCCUCGAGUCCGUGCACGAUGUAGUUCGUCGGGUUAUCAGGGAGAUGUUUUGUGUCGCGGACGACGAUGCAGCUGCGAUCGAGGCAGGGCACAAUAGCGGCGUACUCCGAAGCCAUGCUGCCAUCGUUAUGUUUCUGAAGCUUCUGCAAGCCUCUCCACUGCUUCGUCGGCUUGUGGGCUCUUCUCCACUUCUCAUCCGCUCUAUUGCGCGGUACCUCCUGCCGCGGCUCGUUUCGCUGCGCCAUCGUCAGCAGCAGCAGCAGCAGGGCCAUCAUCACGCCUCCGGUGGGCUAAGAGGAAGAAGUGAGGUGGCCGCGACCGCCAUCGAAGCGCUGCUUUCUACGUUAUAUAUUGUGUCAUCAUCUACAGCCUUGUCAGUCCCUCUGUGGCCUACGCAACCGCUGUCGGCUGUCGCGUCGCAGCUGUCGUGCUACUGUUGCUCGUCAGACCGUGAAGUGGCGCCUGCAUCCGCGCUUGCUGACAGAGACGGUGCCACGCUGCUCGAAACUUUAUGCGCUGUACUGCAGUCUUGCUGCGGGGCACACCUGUCCCCGUUGCGCCUUCAGGCUUUGCGGCUUUUGCAUCUGCUGAGCUCGUCGCCCACAACGCGGCGUGCGCUCUUCUCCUCUUGCUGCCACGGUGAGGUAUCAACCACCUAUUCGAUGCUGGAGGAGCAACCUGGACCAACAGACGCAGCCGCUGCCGCCGCCGUUGUGUUUGGCUCGCAGAGGCUGAGUGCGCUGGAUGUCGCUCCGCACCUGCUGCCGCUAUUGCUCAGCAGCGAGGAUGAGGAAGAAUCAGUUCAGCUCACAUGCAGCGUGUUGCAGCUGAUACUCCUCCACGUUCAAUCCCCAUGUCUUUCUCUGCGAUCCUCUGGCCCGUGCAGUGACACUGUCCACACCACAAACGCAACACCAGCUGGUUUUACCGCUGCCUUCACAGAAGGUGGCUUCGUCGGGGCCGCAGAUGAGGUAUCGGGCAUCAAGGUGGCCGUGCACCUUGCCAGUCACAUAAAAGACUACACGAUGCAGGCGCUCUACUCCUGCACGAACAAGACUGGGUACGCCUUGGUGGGGCUGCUGGACCACGCGGCGUCGGUUGUGGCUGGGGCACGUGCACUGCUGCGAGGUGCGAACGUCGAAGCAGGCCCAUCUGUCCUGCACGACGAUGCCACCGUACGAUGGGAACAGCAGCAGGACUGGCGUGUCAUUUUCUACGUCGCAGAGGUGGACAUUGCGCUCUUCGAGGUGCUUCUCAAAGGAUCCUCUCUGCACGAUGCACUUGUGCCGCACAACAGCGCUAACGUCAGCGACGACAGCAGCGGAGCCCGACUUGACUGGGAUGAAGUCGCAAGCAGCAUCUUCACUGUCGCGUCGCAAGAGCACGGCGCUCAACUCUCCCUCUACACCUUCCUGCGCUGCCUGGACGCUCUGGCGGCUGGGAUGCGAGGCAAUAUACAGGCUCUCUGGUCCAAUCGUCUUUGUGAGCUGGUGCACGUAGUACUUAAGCGUGUGGACGCGCAGGUGCAAGAUGCCAAGUGGCGGCCAGCCGACACGGCAGCUGCGAUGAGGACGUUUUCGGCUUUGGUGAUCUCUGGUGCGCCCCAUGGCAACUUCAAUGAUGAGACCCCGUCCACCACGGCUGCACCGCACGCUCGCGAUGCGGUGGACAGGCCCCUUCUACGACGAAUGUUGGACCCUCAGACCCUGCAUCUUCUGACUCGGGUGACUGCAGCCUACCUAACAGCCUCAUGCGACAUCCUCCUCCCACUAGGGGUGCAGCUGCUGAUGGACGUUGCGCACACAGGCAGACUCAUCGCGAUGCACUGCCCGGAGCCAAGUGGCUACCCCACGAUGCUGUCGACUUCCGUUGAGGAGAGUCGGUGUUUGCUCCGCAUUGCAACGCUGCUCACACGCACUCAGCUGGAGAGCUGGACAACUUCAGAACAGACAUUCGAGUCUAAAGAAGGGCACAUGCGGUACGCAAGCAACGGCGUCAGUCCUGCUGGCCAAAAUAUCACCAUGUCACUCUACUCUAGGCCAGGAAGGCCCCACAUACCGCAGUACACCUCCCGCAGCUCAGGAAACGCGAAUGGUGACGAAGAUAGGGUCAGACUGAUGGAUGUCCUGCUCGGCCUCUAUCCGGAGGCGCCGGAGCUGUUAGAAGCUCGGACGACGCUCAUCCAUGUCUUAGCACGGCGAGACAGCGCUGCACAUGCACAACCGGAGUUCCUCGCGGCUCAUGCCUCCGCUUUCAUAGGUGCAGCGUCACUGACUGAGGUAGCGAUGUCCCCAAGUGGCCUCCAGGCCUCGCUGUUGCUGAGUCUGGCUACGCUCGGAUGUUGCCCGUGCGUCGGGCGACAAGAACUCUGUGUCAUGCUGGAAGACCGGUGCCGUUCGUUGUGCAGUCAUUUACAGCGGACAGCCUCCAGCGAGUCUACUCGUGGACCCGCUGCACUGUGGUCAACUAAGGCGGUGGCAGAGGGUGAUGCUGUCGACUCAGCAGUCGUGGGGACAGCAUCUGACAGCGACGACACAGAUGACAUGGGCCGGCUGCUCGACGCACUGCAGGAGAUGUUCAGGCUACUUGUUGUGAGCAUGUUGUGGUACGGAGGUACGGUCUCGAACCCUUCCCGGUUGUGGCCAGCAUUGUCAUCCCAGGCCCCUGCCGCGGCAUCGACGGCUGAUCACAUUUUCUCUGAGGCGCAUGCGCAAGCGCUCAUGACGUUUGUGGAGGAUGACGUGGGGUUGCGCGAAGGCCUGUGUCAGUUCCUCUUCGACCUCCACACGCAGUAUCGCGUGGAUGUGACCGGCUUCCUGACGUUCCUUCAGAGCGAGGAAGACCACGCGCCACGCCAGCGACCGCAGCAGGCACAAGCCCCGUCGCCCGUCCUCUUCGCCGCUGCCGUUUUGAGUGUCACCCUUUACGAUGGGGACGAGCCCAGGAACUCGACAAGAAUGACUGGUGUGACGUCUCCGCUUCGUACAUACACGCACGCUCUUCGCUCAGUGCAUUGGCUCGCCAACACCUCUUCGCAGCAAGCGAGCGUGCCGCUCUCGGUCGAAUCGCUCCUGAGGUCGGUAUUCCGUGUGGCGCAACGAGAGCUCCUGUUCCUCAAUCGCGGUCAUCACCCCCAAGAUCAACGGACUGAUCUGGCGCCGGCUGUCACCACCGCAUCUCCAGCAGCCAUUGCGAGUCUGCAAUUUGUGUGCAACGAGCUGGCGUUUCAGCAGCACGGCUUGCAAAGCGGCGCCUUGCCGGUGCAGCGGGCCAUAGUGGAACUCGCUGCCAGAAAAGACGUUCAGCGCUCGGCCCCCGACUCGGCACCGGGCGUGGCACUUUCGAUUUACGUGCUGCGCGAGCACCUUCUACCGCUUCUCCUCCGCACCAACAGCAACACUGUUGUGCACCGCAAGGACCUCUCCAUGUCCGUCGCUGCCCUCGAGUACUCAACGGUGCUCCUGCGGUUGAUGUCUGUCGCGCUGUGGCCUCUCGCCCCGGCGACGUGCACGUCGCUGGACGCAGUGCUGGCAGAGUAUGCGAUGAGCCGCGCUCGCCAGCUUCUGGCGCUCACAACCGCCGAGCUGACGCAUACUGACGGCGCCGCCCGCAAGCUUCUCUAUCCCCUUCUGCAGCUGCUGUACCUGCUGCUGAUGCGCGCUCACAAGGUGGAUGUGGUACGCCGCUACGGCACCGAUUUGCUGUUCUUCGCUUUCAGAGCAAGACACGCUGCCAUCGCACGCGCUAACCUGAUUGCCUUUGGCGGAGUCGAGCGGGGUGAUCUGACAGACUCUGAUGAGGAUGACGUGCACGUGUGCGUCAUUGCAUCUAUCGUGUACAUCAUGGCUCAACAGAUUGCCGACACAAGGAGAAAAGGUGCGAUAAGGGGCAUUGGGGUAGAGAGUUCCGGUGGUGCUGGAGCAGUCGGUGGAGGGAGACUUGUGCCGCCGUCACUUAAAGACAUGCCGUGGUAUGUGUGGAUCCCUAUCUUCCGCUACUACCGUUGCUUGCAGACGGCAGUCAGCCGCACCGCCAAUGACCAUGCCGCACGUGAGCAACAACGAAGCAUGGUGUGGAAGGUGGUGUCCGGCGUGGAGUAUGUGAUUCGACUCUGUGGGGUGUCGCACCUGGUGUGCUGCAGCCACGGCGCCGCAUCUGCACAGCUGAUGGAGACGGUGCCGCAGGUCGGGCAAGGUGGGCGAAACGCGCCUCACGCCGGUGAGGGCCCCAACCGAGAUGAGCGGCAAGCCGCAACCAUCUUGAUUAGCUGGUGUGCCGAGCUGAUCCUCACCCCUUGGAUGAGCAGCGAGGACUUCCACAACACACACCUCAACGUUACAGUUGUUUCGGCGCGUCUGUUGUACCUUCUCUUCUACCGCUUCCGCGCGCUGGCAGCGACCUCUGUCUGGUUCAACCCCCUCGUCCUGAGCUGCAUGCGUCAGACAACGCCGUCGAGGUUCCUACAACUCCCACUGGUCGCCGAAGGAUGGCUGCUCGCCGCUCUCAUGCAAGUUCUGCCCAGCGUGCAGUAUUGGUAUGCAUAUGACGACUACGUGAAGGGGAGCACUAUGAGGUUCUUUGAGAAGCCCGAGAUCGUGGCGCGCGUAACGUUGGUGCCGUGCCCACCACCAAGGGAGCCUCCAGCUCACGCUACGGCCGUGCCGCACAUCGCCGUUUUGGAGGCGGCGGCAACGGCAAGUGCGGUACGUCGCGUUGGGGCCUGUGGCGGCUGGGCUGAUGUGUCGGCUGCGGAGCCCGAGCUCAGCUGCGUCCUUCGCAUUCUCGUGACGGCGUGUCGGCAAUACGAACUCUCUCCACAACGCUUGCACAGUCGCCGCCGCCUUGAGGUGAUCAUCCCGCUGGGCUUGCAGUUCGUGGAGGAGCUUCCUGUACGUGAGUCCUCUUCUCUUCUGGAGUACACCUUCCCCUAUACCAUCCCCUUCACGAGAGCUGGGACACCACCUCUCCUACUCGUCUUUCGCUGUUUCACCGACCAGCUCAACGAGUGA